UUAGUUGUAUUGUCUGCUAGCUCCAUAGCUAAUAAUUGCUGCUUUUUAAGGGUUGAAAGAGGAUAUUUUCCAAGCACGAAAUCGCAGAUGGCUUCUUCUAUAGUGGCUUCGUUCUCCUGUCUCCCUACAAAACCUUCUCCUCCUCCUCCUCACGCAUCUCUAGCCUCCUCUAGCUCCAUCUUCAUCAGCUCCGGCGAGAGGGCCUUGUGGCCGCCGGCGAGUCUCCGUUUCGUUGCUAGCCGGAGGAGGAAAGGCUAUGUCGGGAAAUCCCCGGGGCUCUACUUCCGCUGUCUAUUUGGGCUCGGAGUGCCGGAGCUCGUCGUCAUCGCCGGCGUCGCCGCGCUUGUCUUCGGUCCGAAGAAGCUGCCGGAAAUCGGCCGGAGUAUCGGGAAGACCGUGAAAAGUUUCCAGCAGGCAGCAAAGGAGUUUGAGACUGAGCUGAAGAAGGAGCCAGAAAAGGCAACUCAGUCCCCUUCUCCUCCUGAGAACCCCAAUGCUUCAGCUGAAAUUCUGGGAGCAGAAGAUGAGAAAAAGGAGCUUGAAGCUUCAGGUACACAGGAGAACACUACUGUUUAAUUUGUUAUAUCCGAAUGGAUAGAUAAAUAUGUAUUUUUCUUUUUCUUAUUUUGCAGAU